AACAUCCUAGUAGCUUUAAUCUCCUCACCCUGACAGCUGUCAGUCUCGCUUCGAUUCCGUAUGAUGUAGACUAAAAUCCAAAUUCCAAAUAUUCAGAGCUCAAAAUUUUACAAAAUUAGCCCCAAACGCUAUUACAGCGUUCGCGGAAAAGCUAAACCCUUUCGAUUCUCCGUAACUCGUACCAUUGACACAUCCACAACCGCAUCCGGAUACACUUCUGGUUCUUUAUCCGUUCCUGGUUUUCCCUUUUGCUUCCGUUUCCGCGUUAAGGAUGUGCUUUCAGUUCCUGAACAAGUUCUUCGGCGCCAACCGGCGUCGCUCUGCUGCCGCCAAUGGUGGCAUUUCCCCGCGUCCCAGUCUGGCCAAUGGGCCUCAGGUGUCCAUCGAUACUGUGCGCACCGUCAAGUCGGCCAAGUCCGUCAAUCCGCCCGCUGCCAACCGGGUGGUCACCGUCGUCAAUGUUGGGAACAACAGCAAGAUGGGCCACAGUGUGAACAGCUUGGGACUGGAGAGGAGGCAGUCUGUGGCGGCUGGAUCUGCCGGAGGAGCUCUUAGUAACAAUGCCAGUGCCGCCGCCACCGCCGCUGGCACUGCCGCUGCCAACACGGUGGACCCCGGUUCUGGAGUAUCGGGAGCCGGUAACAACAGGAACCACGGAAAACGCAGCUCCGUGUGGGGUUUCAUUGGUAUAACCAAGAAAAAGUCUAGGUCCAGCAACGAAUCGAUCUAGGAUCUCUGGCAGAGAUUCCUUUGGGAGACGGCCAGGAUUUGGAGCAGGGCAAGAUUUGGAGCAAUUCCUUAACUUGGAUUACAGCCCAGACUCUUCCAUGAGAUGGCAUAAAUAAAUAGUAAUUUUAUAUCUGUGACUUUCCAGAUACAAAAGCCUG